CACAAUUCCCUCUCUCCUUCCCCUUCCCACAAUUCAACUCCUGCUGCUGCAGCUCCGCUUCCUCACGGGAUGCUUGCACCCGGCUCCGUCCUGGCACAGUCCCAACGCUUCCUGCUCUUUCUGACCCCAAAUCCCACCUUUUUGGGCCUCCCCAUCCCAUCCUCUUGGUCCCCUGGGGUAUCUCCCCACCAUCUCCUUUCUUUCCCAGCCAAGGCAAAGGCCCAACCCAAACUGGGUGGAACUGGGCCAAGCCCCACUGGAGUCCAAGGAGGACAAACAGGCCCAAGCUCCACCCUGGGCUCAAGUGGGACAAGGCCUGGCCAGGCUGAACUGGCACCAACUGGGAAAUGCCCUGCCAUGGCCCCUUCCCAGGGCCUUUCCUCCAGGCUUUGCCCUCAAUGCCUUGCCUUUCCCCCUGCACUGGUGUCCCCAACUUGCCUUGGAGCCGCAAUCCCAAAGAGCCCCGCUCAGCCCGGGGGGCAGCCGGGGCUGGAGGGGGUGGGGACACCCGUGUCCCCCCAGCCCCACAAGGCCAACCCCAACCAAGCCUUUGCUCUCCUCCUGCAGCCCAUUCAGGCCGGCGGCGUCCAAUGUGGGGAGGCAGGCGGGAUCGGCGGCCCGCCAAUCUCGGGACAAGGAGGAGGUGGAUGUGUUGGGGGAGGCAUGGAUGUCCAUCGAGUGAAGAGGUCUGAGCCCCCCGUGGCUGACCAGGUGGAGCUGAUGCGCCAGUGACGCUCGGCUGCCUCUCUGCAUGUCCAGGACUGGAAGUGGUGGUGACACCCGUGUCCUGGCCCCCUCCAGCGGCAUGAGGAGAUGAUCAUCCCUGGAGGACCCCCCUGAUCCCCUGGGUGCCCUGGCAAUUUCCCUGCAAGAAUCAAUAAACCCCUGCAGCAAAACAAA